UAUUUUCGGGCCGGGUUUUUUUAUUCGAUAUCUACAGCCGACGAGACACCGCCCUACAAGCAGAAGUUUUCCGCUAUCUCCCUUCGUUCUCGAAAUAUGUCGAAAAAACGAUUUUUCGACUUUUUUCUUUUCGACUUUUCGACCCCUUCCGGGCCGAAUUUCAAAAAACUAAGAUUUUUUGGUGCUUGUAACUCAUAUGUGCUCUAUCGAUUGGCACCACUUCCAGACCUCUCCGACUUCCCAGAAGUCUCAUCUUGA